CAACAAAACAAAACAUUACAGAAAAUUUGUGUGGACUUUUGCGGCAAAUUGCACGUGGCGUGAAUUUAUGUUCCAAAUUUGUGAAAAUAGGCGUAAUUUUUUACGCUUUCAAUUUUUUGGCAGUUUAUAACAUAACGUUGUGUAUGGAUAUUUCAAACGGAUCGGUAACAUAUCAUACGUAAUCAUGUCAUUGACGUAUGUACCUCUCUACCUGUGAUGUUUUCAUGAGAAUUGAGUGUUUAAAUGAAAAUAUUUUGGCUUUACACUUAGUGACUUUAAUAAAACACAAUCUUUCAGCCAAAAUAAUUUUAAACUGUACACGCGAUGAUGCUGUAAUUUUAUCAGCAAAAAAAUUGUCAAACACAAUGUGCUUUUGACGUAGUGCCCGCGCACUCCUAUGUCCUCUGCUCGCAGAGUUCUUGUAAUGGUUUCAUCUUUAAAAAAUAGUUACUAUGAACUGGUUUGGUGCAACAGGCCUUGUUACUGUGGCUAAGUCCACUUUGAAAGGCGCUCAGAAGGCAAUUGACAAAGCUCUUGACAUCAAAGAAGAAGAAGAAAAUGUUGAUAGAAUCCCAACUCCUGCUCAAAACAAAGAUGAAUCUGAUAGUUUCUUUUCUACGUGGGGUGUCAAAACAGAGGAAUCGCCAGAAAGGACUUCAAAUCCAUCAUCACAGGACUUGGGUUCCUCAAGUCUCUGGGGUUCAUUUACUGGUUCCUUUUUUGAAAAUCCCCGACCAUUAACGUCACCUGGAGAUGAUAGUCCAAUAUCUCAACAACCAAAGAGAAGCUCAGUCUCGAGACUACUUGCAGCCCAUGGAGAGGAGCUGGAUUCUGAACUAUCACUUGGCGAUGACAGCAGUGUCUGGGAGGGUUUCUCUAAAACACAACUAGUUGUAGAAACAUGCACAACAGUUAAAGAAGAAAAAUCAGGCGACCCACCUGCACUUCAGUCCUCAGAAGAAGUGAAAUGGAGACGUAAAGAGAGAUCUAAUGAAAAAUCUCAGAACAGAAACAGCAACAACAGACUCUCUGUUGUUUCUUCUGAAAGUGACAGACGAUCCUCAGACAGUGUAGAAGUGAUUGGGUCAACGAGUUGCACUGCAAGUCCAGAGUCAGAUUUACCCAACUCUUUGUCUACAUCAUCUUUAGCUUCGUCUGCUGGGUUAAGGCCUGUUUCAGCAAGUUCACCUGAUUCAGUUGAUAUAAUUCCUGAAAGUUCUGAUAGCCAUAGUGCCUCUGUAGAAGUAUUGGGCAGCCAUGGUAGCAGCACAUCUUUGUAUUCACCAUUGGAUCCUUCCCUGGACAAGAUCCCUUCAACUUCUAAAGAGUUGGCUUCACCUGAUAGUGUUGAAGUAGUUCCUGAGGAGGAGGAUGAUGUAAGUUUAGCUGACGACAGUUAUGCUUCUGCUUCUGCCUCUGAAAGCACUAUGACUCAAGCGACUAUCUUAGAGCCUCAUGGACAAACCAGCUCUGCUAUGGAAAGUUCUACACAUUUUCUAGAGUCCAUUGAUUCAGCUGGGCAAACUGACACAGUUGCAAGUCGAACAGAUACUUCAAUAUCUUCUUUAGUUCUGGACUCGUCUACCGACACAAUUUAUUCCGACCAUGGCUCAUUAGGACGGUCUGCCAUGCAGCUUACGUUGACUACUGAAUACCCUCAACCCUCAGCAAAAUCAUCUUGGACUAAUUUAAGCCUUCUAUCAUCCUCUGAAAGAUCCCACAGCGGUAGUUUAGAGAGUCUAGCCACUAAAGAUCCUGCUAACCAACCCUCUAAACAUAUUGAAUCAAAUAGCAGGACUUUUGAAACCUAUGAUACCAAAUUAUCAUCUCCAGAACUGGUACCUGAUAUUUCUGCAGAGGAGACAAUAGCUGGAAUGACUUCAACAGAUAGUAGUGGUGAGGGUACUUUAGUAGAAAGCAGUUCUGACGAUACUAUUCCUGGUAGUGAUCAACAGGCGCACAGCACUUCUGGGUAUGUGAGGAAUUUACUUGCUGAAGCCAUGGUAGAUGAUUCUUCUCAAAUGAGAGUAAACUCCCCUGUAUCUGUGGAAAGUCGUUCUGACGGUCUCAGAUUGGGCUCAGAACAGACAAGUGGGCAUACAUCUGGUGAUGAGCUAGAAACCACAACUUCAUCCGAUAUUGAAAUAAUAUCCAGCCCAAAUGGUGAUGGUAGUAGCACCACUUCACGGCAGAGCCCAGCAAAACAUUUACACCGUGCUCCACACGGACCUGUUGAUAUAUUAAAGUUCUCUGGCAAAAUUAAAGGACAUCAGAGAGAACCAUCAGAGGCAUCCAGUGGAGGAUCUGAUGAUAGCCACGGCUCUGAGACAGAUAGACUUUUGAAGAAAUUAAGUGAGAUGUCAGAAUUGCUUGAGGCUAGAGAGACUAAGCUUUUGGUCUUAAGUCGCUCACAUGCAGAGCUUCAAGAAAGCUAUCAGGAUAUGCGAAGCCAACUCGAGAGUGCCCAACAGAGUCGGCUUAUGGAGUCUAGGAGUCUAAAUGAAGAAUUUACUCGACGCCUUUCUGCUCUUGAAAGAAAAUUUCAACAGGCUAUAAGAGAUAAGGAUGUUUUGCAGAAGCAGCUUGAGCAAUCCAAGUCAGAAAUGGCUAAUCAGCUGAAUGAACAUGUGGGUGAAAGAGAUGAAACUAUCAAAGAGCUGAGAGAGGAGGGUGAAAAGUUGUCACGACAACAGUUGCAACAAAGUAAUCUUAUCAAGAAACUGAGGGCCAAGGAGAAGGAAAGUGAUUCAACAAUGAAAUCCCUUAGGGAUCAAGUAGACAACUUAUCUGGUGAAGUUGAACGCUUAAAACGCUCAUUGGCUGCGAAGGAAGAUGUUGAACGCUCACAAAUUGAAGCUGUUCAUCAACUAACUGCUCGUGUCAAAAUGCAGGAAGGAGAAAUAUUUUCAAUGAAGGAACAAAGAGAUCACUUUCAACGUAUUGCUGAGAAUGCUCAAGCAGCCCUAGACAACACAAAUAAGGAACUUUUGGAUGCCCGUGUGAGGGAAGAGGGAGCUGAUCAACGUGUUAAAGAGGCCACACAGAAUGUGGAGGAGACAGCAAGGGCCGAACUAGAGGCUGCAUUAACUGCUGCUCAACAGCACAAACGACAGAUUAUGGUUCAAAUGGACUCAAUGCGAGAACAACUUUCUCAGGCUGAGGCAAAGCAUUGCAGACGGGAGAGUGAACUUCUUGAGAGGCUUGAAAGUGCGGAGCGCCGCAGUGAGGAACUUUCUCAACAGCUUUCUGAUGCUACACGGCCACUCUUAAGACAGCUACAGACAUUCCAGGCCAGUAGUAAAACACAACAAGAGGCUUGGGAAAGGCAAGAGCGAUUACUUACAGAUAGCUUGGCUGAAGUGCAAACCCAACUUCAGCAAGUAUCCGAUGCCGAGCGCGCAGCUAGAGAGGAGUUACUGACCCUGAGAAGUAAAGUAUCCACCCAAGAGAAUAAACUUAUAGCUUCUGUCAGUGCCUCUCAGAAUAUGCAAGAACGUAUCAUUCAACUUCAGACUGAGUUUGAAAGGGUAUCCAAACUAUCUGAGGAAGGAAAAGGCGUCUUUGAAAGUGAAAGAGAUGAAUUGAAAAGGCAGUUGGCUUCUUUAGAUCACCAACUUAGUGUAGAAAGGGCUGCUGUGGAAGCAGAAAAAAGGCGUUGUCUCCAACUGCAGGAACAACUACGUGAAAGGGAACGGACGCUGGAACGUGACAAGGAAAGAGAUACAGACCUUGGUAAAAGGGAUUCUCCUCUUGUUGUUCCAUCGGGGCAUUCUUCUCCAACAAUUAGUUUUGGCCGGGAAUCAAUAUCUGAGUCAGUCUCAAGUGUGGCUUGGCCUGUUUUCACCGAUGAUGCAUUUGAAACCAGUUCUAUUUCUGGACGUAACAUUUAUGAAAGUGUGCGCUUAAAUCACACAACUUCUGUUCUGGAAGGACUUCAGUCACAAUUGAAACUUAGAGAAGGUGAAGUGCAACAACUGCAAUGGGAGCUGUCAAGACGUGAAGCUCAGAGAUGUGCAUUGACUGCAGAGCUUUCAACUCUAUCAGUACGUGCUGAUGAGCAGGAAAUACGUUUAAAUAGUAGCCUUCAGUUGCAAGAAGAGUUAUCAAGUCAGUUGUCAUCUUUGAGGACUGAGUAUGAUGCUUUGCUGCAACUCUAUGGUGAAAAGCUAGAGGAAACUCAAGAGCUUCGACUUGACCUUCAGGAUGUGAAAGACAUGUACAAAGCACAGAUUGAUCAAUUGUUGAAGAAAGAAGAACUAAGUCAAAUUUCACUGAAGCAAGGAAAUACAAGUGAGGAGCAGAAGAUGGCACCAUAGAAUAGACUGGUCAACUAAAUAAAAGACUGGCCUACUGUGAUUUAUAUUACUAUUUAAAGUCCUUUUCAGGUCAGGAGUGGUUGUUAACUGUCAUCACUCUAAGCCAAAGUUGUAUUUUAGCACAUUAGAGUGUAUUGGGCAAAUAUUUUAUUUAAGUCAUCUCAAAAUCUUUGCACUCUGUUUCUCGUUAUGCUUGUUAUUAAAUAUCUCUAGUCUAUGUAAGAAAAUGUGGGAGGUUUUUAGGUUGGUUAUGAGGUGAUGUCUGUGUUGGAGAUACCUUCAUCAUCAGUCUCUUCACUGAUGAAAUCAGUUUUAAGUAAUUUAUUCAUCUGUAUUAUUGAAGUGUUAUUACCUAGUAGAUUGUUUUGUAUGUUGCUUGAACUGACUUGAUAAGUCUGCUUUCCUGUUGGAAGUUAAUUAAAUCUGUGAUCAAAAAUUUAUUAUAUUUAUACUUGUUCAAUGUGAGGUUUUUACGCAAUACAGUCCUGCAUGAAACACUGGAUUGUGCAGAAUUAUGUAUGAGCAACCUCAUCCAGAGAGGUAAAUUUUUGGAACAUUUGUCCUAUGUAUUGUAGGGAAAUGGAGAGUGGUGGGCAUCAUUAAUCUUAUCUAGCAACCACAACAAAAACCGUCUAGUUGUGGUAUAAAAUUUGAAGUUAAUUUGUAAGCAUUUUAUACAACUUUUAGUGAAGAUGAAUUUUCAAUUCGAAUUCCAAUUUUUAUCUGAAGUUAUGCUUUUUUUGUGUCUGUGUGAAUAAUAUCCCAGAGUUUUCUGGUUUUUGAGAUAUUCAUAAUCCUGCUCAUUCAAUAUAACAUUCACUGGCUUAGUUAGGCCUGUAUCUAUCUAAGUAUUAAGAUGAAAGCUUUUCGUUUCAUGUUAAGAUGCAUAAAAACUUAUCAUUCUGUGCAAUUUUAUCAAUUAGUAUAUGUGAUUUGUGCUGUGAUGGUGAAGAUACAUCUAAUUGCUGCAGUUUGGAUGAAUGUCAGUUAUUGGUUUGCAUGCAGCAUGGUUAUUGCUGAUAGCAGGUACGGUUGUGAUAUUACAAAAGUGUUGUCUUUGAAAACCUACAUGUUGUAAGUGCAUAUUUUGUUGGUUUUCCUGCUUUUGGUGCCUCAUACAUUUCAUAAGCUUGGUCAUUAUUUGAUCUUCAAAUUUGUGCCUUAUGUGGGGUAUUUGCAAACAUGUAGUUUUGCCAGAAUUGCCUCAUAUGCUGCAAUUAUCUAAAAAUAUUGUUUUACCAGUUUUGUUUUGAGCGUAUUAUUCAAUUUGUUAUGCUGACAAUUGUUGCAUUUCUCUAAAGUUCAUAAAUUUUGUUUAUGAGGUUUGGCCUGCAAUGGUAAGCCUGCAAAGUGUAAGUUAAAGGGAAAUCAGCCAGGUAAAUGCAUGUGUCUGUCUAUCCUCUGUCAUUCAUUAGCCUCAAAAUAAUAUUGCAAUGUUAGGUAGGGUAAUGUUUAUCAGGUGACUCUUAAAAUAUUAUUACUUAAAAUGUGUCCUGAUACCAAACACUGAAGGUGUGUUUUGCAUAUGAGUUACACCACAGUGAAGUGUGUCAAACUGUAUCAGUUUUAUUUACUGUGAUUGUAAAAAUAUACUGUAAGGAGGCCAUUACUUUUUUGUUUCCCUUUUUGUAAAAGCUAUUCUAGAGUUAGUGUACAAUUGAGGGGGAUAUCAAAUUAAAAGAAUCUUAUUACAA